CGGAUUCUAUCCCACCAUGUGUGUCACCAUGUAGGAUGCCUGGACCACACCUGCCCACUUUGUGCUAUUAGCUCUUUUGCAAAACGAUAGUAAUGUAUUAUGUUAUUUUUAUAUAUAUUAUACAUAUGACUAUGCGAAACGGAAGAAACCCUGUUGAGCUAUAAAUAGCCACCAAUGCCCAGUUGCCACAUUCACACAUACACAAAAAUAGAAGCAAAUAGAGCUCUAGUUUUGAGAAACCCCAUGGCAGAAAGAGCAAAAGGACGACCCUCAGAUGCACUUAGCGUGAUGGUCAUUGAUGAAGAUGAGUUUCAUGCCAACUCUGCAAAAUCCAUGCUCUCUGAAUUGAACUAUUAUGUGGCAGUAUAUACAAGUCCCAUAGAAGCACUCGGUAUUCUUGAAAAGAAAGCACAUGAUGUUGAUUUCAUCAUGGCAGCAGUGGACAUGGAAGAGUUGAAUGGCUUUCAGUUCUUGGAAGCUGCCAAAGAUAUGCAUAGAAACCUUCAAGUGAUUAGUAUGUUCAUGAAUUAUUUGUCUCCAACUGCAUGCACAUGCAUCUUCUUUUAUGUGACAUUGAGAAGUCUUUUAUUUUUUUUAAGUAGUGAUGUCAACAGAAACAACAAUCUACACAAUGAAGAGAUCUAUUCAACUUGGUGCUCUUUUUUGGCGAAGAAGCCUCUUGAUGCUAAUACCAUUCACAAUAUGUGGCAACAUCUUGAUGUAAAAGUUCUUAGGCUGAACAGGAUGAAGUAUCUAUUUCAAGGUGUUGGAGAUAAAGCCCAACAUGGAAAAGAAGUUGGAGAGUCCGUAGCACAGCAAAAGGAUGGAACUAAAACGACCACUCAACUCAAAUGGAUACCUUUCCUAGAGAGCAAGUUUUUAUAUGCUCUUCAAAUACUUGGAGCAAAUGCAUCGCCCAGCAAGAUAAAGAUAAUCAUGAACAUGGACACUGUUACGACGAAACAAAUUUCUGCGCAUCUACAGAAACAUCGAAAACGCAUGGAAAGGGAACAAAACAUGGCAAAGUUAAUGGAUAGCUACGGGAAUUGUGCCUCAAGUUCUAAAUCCGUGAAGACUCGCCAUACAAUCCCUUACACGCCCGGCUAUCAUUCAGAAGACGUAGUCCAAAGAACAAUGAUGCCAAGCUUGUUUGGAGACACUCAAGGCGUUGAUGUAUCUGCAGCAAUGCGAAGAGCCUUACAACUUGGGGUUGUUUUUGACGAGUUCCAGUAUUCCAAUGGUCCUUCUAGUGACGAACCAUGCGAAGUUAUAGGACAUAUAACAGGAGAAGAUGGCAUCGUUGAUGAAGCUAAUGGCUCAAAUUCAUCUAGUCAGGAUCAAGUUGCUGCUCAAACAUACAAUUCAAGAGCUGCACAUGCGAUCACAUUCAGGAACAAUUAUCAUCAUGACCAAGUCUCCAACAUAAGUAAGGUUCCGGUUGAGGGCCUUGUAGACUAUCCAGAUUCCGAGGAUUCUGAUUAGGUGGAGGUACCUUAAAUCAACUAGAUAUUGAGUAUAGACUUAAACUCUCACUAGACUUUAUGGUGAGUUGAAGAUUAACAUGUAGGGUCGGGCAGAUAAUAUUCAGGCCCUGUGGCAAACUCUGAAAUGGGGCCUAAUCAAAGUGCCAUAAUUUUCUUUGAAAGAUUUACCAAGACAGUCCAUAAAGAUUGAAUCAUGAGUGAGUUCUGGAAACUAAGAAAUCAGAUA